AUGGUCCCGAGUUCUUGUGAUGAUUCUGACAUGUUGGUUCAGAGAGAACAUUGAAAGUUACGGCCUGGGCUGAUAAGAUGAGAUGGCUACGGCAAUCACCGCGACCAAGUAUGGUUGACGUCGGGAUAUGCGAAAGUAGAUUCCUCAGCGCUUCGGUCGCUAAUUUAUGGUGUUCUUUCUGCAAGAGCACCUGUUUUCAGAGGACAGAUAGGCUGCCAUAGAAAACGCGACAUGAUGACCCGAUGAAAUUCCAAGUGGCGGUACAUUUGGGCUUGUGUACGCGUUCAAUUGUUUGGCCUCGACACACUUUCGCUGCGAAAGAUUGUCCCUCUGGCCUGAAUUCUCCAUUCAUCUAUCGCCAUUUGUUCUCUUCGGCAAUAGUCUCCGCUGCACGCUCUCGCCUUCAUAAAUAGCCAUCGUCCGUCAAAGAUGCCCCCAAAUCCUCACCCUUUGUCUCAUCCCGUGCCGCUUCCUCCGCAUUCGCAUGUCCCACACCCGCCUGGUUAUCAUCAAUUCCAUUAUCAGCUGAAUCAUCUCCCGCCACCGGUCUAUCCACCUGCUCCUGCACCGUUCGAUGUCGACCACCUCGCACACAGGAUAACUCGAUGCCUUGAUGACACGCUCCAUACACACCGUGCGCACAUUGACGCGCGUUUCAAGGCCUUUGAAGCCCGACAAGCUAAAGACAUGGUGGAGCUGCGUAAAGAUCUGGUUGUGCUUCGCGAAGAGCAUCAAGCUCACGUCGGUGAAUUGGCGAAGGCACUGCAACAGUCGCAUGUGAACCAGCUGGGUCGAAUGAAGAGGCUAGAGCAUGUACUAGGGAUGGGGGCAGAGAUAACGCAUGAAAAGACCUUACUGGAAAGAUUUGAUCUGCUUUCUUUUGCACUAGAAGAAAUGUUGGAAAAGAUGAAGGACCCCGAAGCCAACUUACCCUCACCACCCAUUUACCACGACAUUGCCACCAGUCCUGUGAGGACAGCAAUUUUGGAUAACGACAGAGCUUCACGCUCCCAAGGCCCACGCGACUCCCCGAUUGGGAGCACUUCAUUUAAUCUGGAUCAUUCAGGCUCCACCUCGACCCUGGUGGCUUCGAGUUUUGGAGAGAUGCUCCACGACUACUCCCUCAAGAAUGUAGGCCAGGACCAAUCGAUCGAUCCAGAUUCUGUGUCCCUUUCUCGUGCCGAUCCAGUUGUUCCUGUCCACGGUCCGGUUCAUUGGCAACAGGAAGAACGCACCAUCGGUCCGAUUCACAGACAGCAACAUAUCUCUGCGAUUUCUGGUCCACCUGCUUUCCGUCAACUGCAGCCCCUCGACACUUCUCAUGAGUCGGUGAGAGACAGGGAGACUCUCAACGAAGAGAUGUCGGUUGCUCGAAUGACCCAAGUCGACGCAGCCUCCUCGGAAUCGCCGCCCCACCAUAGCCUAUUUAUCCCGUCCUCUGUCACCUCUUCAACGAUGCAGGAAAGGAAACUAUCGUCAGUGCGGACGCCACCACGUUUGGCACUCCCAGAUCACCGGAAGAUUGAAGUUUCGUUUGAUUCACCACUGUCAUCGAUCAGCUCGUUUGCUUCGCCCCCAGCUAUGAACUUCGAAGGAAAAGAGAUGGAAUUGACGGAGCCUGAAUCGUCUGGGACGCGGAGAAGUGUACACAGACAGGCCAGAAAACGUAAGGCAACUGGACAUCCAGAGGAUGCCGAAGUUUCGAAGAAACGAGGUCGUGCUAUCCCUAGAAAGACGGCGGAAAAGGAUGUGAUCUGGCCCUCCAUUACUCCAGCAAAUAAAGUAUUGAAUGAACAUGUCGGGAAGUUCAUUGGAUGUGACCAAGCGCCAUGCGAAAGAUGGUUUCACUAUUCGUGUAUGGGAGUAUCGAGUAAAAAGGACCCUCGUCUGCAUGGGACGUUUGUCUGCCCAUGCUGCAUAGCAGGCGUUGCUCCAAUGCUCGGUGUGGAUGUCAGCAUGGAGGAUAAAUGCGCCCGUCCAGAUUGUCCCAACGACGAGGCUUUCUUCGAACCCGAAGGCAUCUAUGGACGGUGGACGAAGCUUGACACCGUGAACGGGCGUGUGCAUUACUACCUUGUCCGCUGGAAAAAAUAUCCAUGGGCGGCUGCAUCUUGGGAGCCUCAGCCUCUCGAAGAACAGAGGCUUGCUUUUGAAAAUCGUGCCAGGAGAAUGGGAAUCGAUCUGGAUGAUAACACCACCAUAAGGUUCCCUGAGGCCAUCGCUGCCGGCAUCUCAGACCGUAACCUGUGAUUGCAAGAUCUACUGCUUUCUUUGAACGACGUGCCGUGUGUGUUACUUUCGAAUAUCGCUCUCCCUGCAUGUGUCAUUCACAUGCCGCCGCCUCAUGCUUGAUACCAGUAGCCCUACAUACAUACCGCUUAUGCUUAUUUCGAUUGUCCAGAUAAUUCACGUAGUCCGCAAAAUUAAUUGUAAUUUUCCAUGAUAUCAUGGCGUC